AUGAGGAUGCAUUGGUUGUAUAUAAUAAUUUUCCUAAUCUUCGUUCAACUCCAUCAAACGAUUAAUGGCAAAUUGAUUCAUGAAAAUCCUAAAAAAUCGUUACAAUCGUUUAAAAAUAAAAACGAGAGUUUAGCCAAACUUUUUCAAAGCAUAGCAAAUGAAUAUUUAAAAAACUGCACACUCGGCAUAAUAUACGAUUUAAAUUAUGAGCAAAAUUACCCCAUCGAUUUUCAUCUUUAUUUUGCUAAUACAUUUCUUCCAUUAACACAAGAGACCAUCGAUUUUUCUGCUGGCGAAAGACCUACUCGCGAGCGCUACUCAGACAAAUGUACGAAUUAUGUGAUUUUUCUUCAUAAUAUAUUUGCCAUAAAAUAUAUAAUGCCUCCAAACAUCAAGAGCAAAAUUGUGAUAGUUUCAGCUGAGACGCUAUGGGAAAUCAAAGAUUUUCUGAAAAGUCACAUAGCGAGAAUGUAUAAGCACCUUCUUAUUAUUACGCACAGUGUAAGCAACAAGCAUGGUGCUGGCUCUUAUUUAUUAUACACGCACAAACUUUAUGCCGAUGGAAGUGGAUCGAGUCAACCAUUAUUUUUGGCAUCUUGGAUAAAUAAUAGUAUUACCGUGGAAAAUAUUAAUCUCUUUCCUGAAAAAUUAAAUAAUGGUUUUAUGGGUCAUCGUCUUCUUGUGUCUACAAUUGAAAAUCCUCCAUUUACAAUUAGACGGUCAUUGAUUGGCUCGGCUGAAUCGGAUUGGGAUGGGAUUGAAAUAAGACUUUUGAAAUUAUCAGCUGCUUAUUUGAAUUUUACAGUAGAAUUUACAGAGCCACGUUCAGCUGGCCCUAGUUCGAUUGAUUCCAUAAAAUUCGAUGUAUUAACUGGAACAGCGUCAGCAGCUACUGGCGGUAUUUAUCAAACUGAAGAACUAAUAAAAUCAUUUGAUAUAAUCGCACCUUAUACCGAAGACUGCGCUGCCUUUAUUUCUCUGGCGUCAACUGCCAUACCAAAGUAUCGGGCAAUUUUAGGACCAUUUCAAUAUUCCGUUUGGAUGCUUCUUUGUGCCGCUUAUUUUUUUUUAAUCAUAUCGCUCACAUUCAAUAGUAAUUUUACAAUACUAUCAUUACUUAAGCAUCCUAGCAAAAUAAAUACAAUGUUUUGGUUUGUCUUUAGCACUUAUACAAAUUCAUUUGUUAUAAAAAGUCCAUUUCUUAAUGAUGGAAUAGCCAGAAAUUCAAUUACGAUACUCUUAGCAAUUUAUUGGGUGUUCACUAUAAUUAUAACUGCUUGUUAUACUGGCUCUAUUAUCGCUUUUAUAACUCUUUCUGUCUAUCCAUCAGCAGUUGAAACUGCGGAUGAAUUACUGACUUAUCGUUAUCGAAUUGGCACAUUGGAUCAUAAUGGAUGGCAAAAAUGGUUCAAUGUCAAUACAACUGAUGACCAGUUUCUUAUAAAACUAUUUCGAAAAAUGGAAUAUGUACCAAGUGCACUAGAAGGAGUUAAAAAUGCCAGCCGAGCAUAUUUUUGGCCUUAUGCUUUUUUAGGUUCAAAAACAACUCUUGAUUAUAUUGUGCAAACCGAUUUUGCUCCAACAUGGGCAACAAAACGCUCCCUCAUGCACAUUAGUAAGGAGUGUUUUGUUCGUUAUAAUGUCGUUCAGCUAUUCCCUGUUAAAUCACUUUAUACAAAAUAUAUGAACACAUUCGUGAAUCGAGCUAUUGAAACUGGAUUAAUUGAGAAAAUUAUAUCUGACAUCGAAUGGAUAAUCCAACGUAUUGCUACAAAAACCAAUAGACAAAUUACCAAAAGAAUAUCAAGGAAAAUACAAGUGAACGAUCGAAUUUUAACGGUGGAAGAUACUCAAGGCAUGUUUUUAAUUCUUGCAAUUGGCUUAUCGUUAGCUGUGUUCGUCAUAACCAUAGAGUCAUCGAUUAAUUUCAUUAAAAAAUGUGGAAAAAAUGACGAGGACAAACGUACAGAUGGCUUUCUCACAUCGAUCAAUCAAAUAGAUUCAUCUACUUUACGUAAAAAUUCCUCAUCCGAAAUCAAGUGGAGACCAAUUAGAGGUGGAAGUAUAUAAAUAUAGUGCAGUGUUAAUUACUCUAUACUAUGUAAAUGUUAUUCAAAUUAACUUUGA